AGAUGCUUGGUCUUCUGUGCCGCUCGCUGCUGCUCGUCGUCGCUGUCCAGUGCACCAGCACAGCUCCAAACCAUGGGCAGCAUCUUUCGCCUCGGGACGGACGAACCGCGUCCGCCAGGAGGCAGUUCUGCCACUGGCCCUGCAAGUGUGGGGGGAGACCUCAGUGCGCCCCGGGGGUGAGCGCCGUGCUGGACGGGUGUGGGUGCUGUAAGAGCUGCGCUCGGCAGAUUGGACAGCCGUGCAACGAGAGGGACGUCUGCGAUCCGCACAAGGGCAUGUACUGCGACUUCUCAGCCGACCGGCCCAGGUUCGAGGUCGGCGUGUGCGCCUACAUGAUGGCGGUGGGGUGCGACUUGAACGGGGCCCACUAUGAGAACGGACAACCUUUCCAGCCCAGCCCUCUCUACAAGUGCAUGUGCAUCGCUGGAGCCAUUGGCUGCACCCCCGCCUUCAUCCAGAAACCUGCUGCCCUCUUAGGCCCCGCCCCACUGAUGGCCAACAAGCCAGCUAGCCUCCGAAGUCGCCCGAACCCGAAAAGGCACCAUCAGGAUACGACCUACACGUCCAUGUCAGCUUACAGGGAUCCAACUUUAUCCUGGAAGAGGAACUGCCUGGUCCAGACCACGCCCUGGAGCUCUUGCACCAAGACCUGCGGUUUGGGCAUCUCUGUACGCGUCAAUAACGACAACAGCAAAUGUGAGCUGAGGAAGGAGCGACGCCUGUGUCUGCUGAGGCCGUGCGAGAAGAAACUGCUGAAGAACAUCAAGAUGCCGAAGGGAAAGACAUGUCGUCCUUCGUUCUCGGCUAAGAAGGCAGAGAAACUGUCACUGUCAGGCUGCACCAGCACCAGGAGGUUCCAGCCCACCUACUGCGGUACCUGUACCGACAGACGCUGCUGCAUCCCCAACAAGUCCCGCAUGAUCACCGUCCGCUUCAGCUGCAAAGGAGGAUCCAGCACGCAGUGGAAGAUGCAGUGGAUCACUUCCUGCGUGUGCCACAAGAAAUGCAACGAGCCGGGCGACAUGUUUUCUGACCUUCACUUCCUCUAAUGGAACCCAAAUGACCUCUGACCCCAGACCACGUUACUGCAGACAAACUGA